UUAUCUUCCCUUCCGUCACUGCCUCAGCCCUCAGUACCUCAAGUCCUCAUUCCUCAACCUCACCCUUGCGUUCUCCUUCUCCCUCACGCAGUAGCUCUUGCCCCUGCAGACAGCCACCGGCCACACCGCCCACAGCCCACAGGCGACCUCACUCCCUGCCGACAGUCACCGGCCACCGCAUACUCCUCCCCUCUCCUCACAGGCGGAUUUGAGGAAGUGCAAGACUCCUACAUACAGAACACUUCAAGGUUGCUGAUCAUCACUAUUCUUAACAGAACAACAUGUGGGCUGGCUGAGUAACUCGACUACUAUUCUUGUGUGUUAUGUUAGAUAAUACAACAUUAAUAGAAUUUUUAAUCAAAUGAUCCGGGCCUAGAUUACCCUACCAACGAGAUUAAGGAGUUUUUAUUGGCAUGUUAUUGGGCUAGUGCAAGAUGUUUCUCGAGUGCAAUGAUUUCCAAAAUCACUUGGGAGCAUUAUUUCACGUGGCAACUUUUUAAAUCAAUUCAAUGGCGAUUGCAAUGGGUUUGAGUCCUAGGCUCGUAAGUUAUGGGUUUAGCCCUAAUCCAAAGAUCUUAUAUGGAAGAAUUGAUUCCAUUGCUUCAACACUAGCUGGACGACUCCGUCCUAUCCGAGCCGUGCAAGAUGGCACAGGCCCUCGAAGAUUAGUAGACAUUAUUCGCACUAUACCUGAUUUGUCAAGAAACUAUUUCGAGAAACCUUCUCGAAGGGCGCUCUUUGGAGGAAUCGCCUUAUUAGGUGGAUUUUAUGUUGCACAAACAAUUUCUUUGUCCUUUGGAGCUUUGGGUGUAAAUGAUGUUAUUGCUGCAGUAUUAUGUGUGCUCCUCACAGAAUAUGCAACCAAAUUCUAUUAUAGUCGAUCCAAGAUCCUUAUUUAUUGCACCAUUUACAACAUACUUUCUUGCUUUGGCUGCUUAUUUACUGAAACAUAUGCAACAUUGCAACCUCACGUUUGCAGUGAAAGGUCAUGGCUAUUUUCACAAAAAACGCCAACUCUUACAAGGGAUUGCUUAAAGAAGUAACAACGCUUUUGGGCUUUCUUGAGCCCCUGUAUGGUACAUUGAAUGCUGCAUCAAAUGUGGCUUGUGUUAUUAUUUUUGGUAGAAAAGGAGCGAGUCCCUAGUUUAGAGUUGGUAAGGUUUUUGCGGACUUGCUUGAAUUGGAAGAAUCAACAGCUGAUCAUUGUUUGCAGACUCUUGUAACAAACUUUGGACUUUGUGUUGAACAUAUGGCCACGCCCAAGUGUGAGCAAUGUGAGAAGUGUAAGAGCUACUUGCUGUUGUUCGUUAUAAAUGGGGAUGUUGAAGGAAUAGGAAAUGUUGAAGUAAAGCCUGAAACUUGUAUACAUUCCUCUCAAGACGAAUGUCCAACUCCAACUGAUUUUGCAUCUCAGAUUCCUUGUUCUUCUAUACCUCCUCCUCCCAAAAAACGUAGAGUAUCUUGGAUUCAUACAAUAGCCCCUUAGACUCCUCAGUUAAUUCGAUUGCCUCCUGAUUUUCCUUCUUUGUUCCCUAAGAGGAAGGCCGGCUACUAAUUCUUAUCAUGUUGCUUUAUGUCCAAGUAGCUUUUGUAUAGGUCUUUUGUUUUCGGUGUAUAUCACCAUGGCUCAUUUGUAACGCCCUUCAGAUCAGAGUUUUGGAAAUGUACUUGCUAUUCCUAAAAGGAAAUUAUUUGUAUUUACCUUUGACAUUAAUGAAGUUUUAACUGAUUCCUUCGUUUAAAUACUCUUUUAUUAGCUUUAGUUCAAAAUUAAUGAAGUUUUAACUCAUUC